CCUUGGUGUUGUUGGAAUAGAAACAGUUUGUAUUUGUCUGCUGUGAAUCAUCUUGAAAUUUCUAAUCAAGUUUGUAAAAUUUUUAUAGUAAAAGUUUUAAUGACGAUUUAAAAAAUUACCUUCUCUAAAGAAUGGUCAAAACAAUAUCCUUUCAGAAAUAGAGUUGCUCUUUACUAUCUUUCCAAAAUGACUUUGGUUAAAUGGACCAGGUGUAUAUUAGUUAAAACCUAGGGCUAAGUUCUUGAUAUUCUUUGAGUUUACAAGUUAAUCCUUAUUGGAGUUGUGCCAAUAUACGAUAGAAUAUCAUUAAUUUGCACUGUUUGGGGACCCCAUUUAAAAAUGCUGAAUUUUGCCAACUAAAAAGUAAGCAAAUGCAAUUUUAAAAGUAAAUUUGAGCAUUCUGUGUUAAAUAUGUGCAGUUAUUAUCAUAUGAAGAAGCGCAGUGUGUUGGGCUGUACUAUAACCAUAUUUGCUGUCAUGUUCUCCCAUCUCAGUGCUGGGAACUCACCAUGUGGAAACCAAGCAACUGUGUUGUGCAUCAGCCGGCUUGAGUUUGUUCAAUAUCAAAGCUGAAGCUAGCGAGGUCUGCUGUACUGCUUAUUGAAGUAUUGUGAUUCUUUUAGGCAUUGAUUCUUACAAAAUAUAUACUGUAACAGUAUACUUUGUACAGAUUUAAAUUUUAUUUGAAAAAUGAAAUAAAGUAGGCAAAAAAUAAAGAUGUUUAUUUUUCAUGUGACUACAUAAACAGA